GGCGCCUACUCGACAGGCGCUUCCAUCCGUAGAGGGAAAGACGGAGCCCGACGUCACGGCGCCUACACGACAGGUCAUUCCCUCCGCGCAGGAUGAAACCGAGCCAGUAGCUACGGCGCCUACUCGACAGGCGCUUCCAUCCGUAGAGGGAAAGACGGAGCCCGGCGUCACGGCGCCUACACUAGGCCCACAGAGCAGUGCCGACCCUUUUAAACGCGCAACCUCCACUGCUGCCAUGGUGCCAACGAGAAGAGAGGGCGUGCCCUCGGAGGUCAGAGCAUCGCCGAUAGCAACGCCCAAUCGCGCCAGUGUGGUCGCCAGCCUGCCCGAGAGGUCCUGGACACCCAGUCAGGCGCGGUGGGUCACGGGUCCGGCGGCGCCGCGAUCAGGACAGGAAGCCAUCGUGCGUCCGACGGCCGGGUCAAAGGCGCUGCCCGCAAACAAGCUGGCCGCUGCGAGCCCAAGAGUGACGCCACCGCCCCGGAUACAGGGAGGCAAAGUAGACAGGGACGACGUCGUUCGGGACCCACUGGUGGAGAAGCUAGGCGUCGACAUCUACGACGCACCAGUCAGCAGCAAGCCACGCGUGACAUUGGGGCGCAACGCACAGCCGGGUCGGUCCACCGUCGCCGUCGUCAGGCGGCGCCCGGCGGUGCGAACGAGCAGGCUGUCAUCGGGGCGAGGCAAGGCGGCGGCCGGCAGGCGCACCCCCAACCGACGCGCAACAGCGCCCCGCAAGAAGCCCGAGAGCCGCGCCCAAACCCGCGCGACGGCCAAGCAGAAACAGCCCGCCGUUGUCGCCAAGCCAGCGCAGCGCAAGGCAGCCAAGCGCCCGCCAGCACCAGCGUGGGCUCGCGGGCGGGUACAGCCACCACGGCAAGCUCCGGGAGCGAAGAGACCACCCAACAAAACGUCGCGCCGCCCGCCCCGGCCGCCCCCAGGACGGCGGGCGUCUCCUGCGGGGAAGGCCAAGCAGCAGGGCAGGCGGACGAGCGCGCGCUGGCGAAAGCCGCAGAGGAGGGGCACCACUGCCCGGCGCGUCGCCGUGACCAGGCCAGUCACAAAGAAGACCGUGAGGCAGCCCGGCAGUGUGCUGUGGACACCGACACCAAGACCCCCAUGACCGCGUCGCAGGGCGUCAACAGGCCGCUUGGACCCGGCCGAGCCAUUGUUGCAUUUUCGGACGAGAAAUAGCCGCCCGGCAUGGCGAUCGAGUUCAGCUUCACGUUGGUGUACCGGCUGGUGGAGCUGGUACGUGCGCCGCCCACCAAAACGCAUGGCAAGAGAGCAAUUGUAACAUCGCGCCCCUCCCAGGUGCUCAUGGUGGGGUCUCUGGUCGUGACGGUGGCGGUCUCCUAUCUCAAACCAUUCCCGACCGACCUGACGAGGGCGUUCUGCCGCUACCUCAUGGCCCUGCUGUUCGGCUACAUCUUCGUCCUCACGGCGGACAUAGCUUGCCGCUUCCUCGGCGGGGGCGUCGCGGCAAUAGCGAUGUUCGCCUUUACCGUAGUGGGCUUUGCCCUAUUCACCGCUACGGCUGCCUCCCUGGGCUACAACUACUUCCAGACCACCCUCAUAGUGCCACUCUUCGCGAUCUUGGCCCUGGACGGACUGCUGUUGGGCAUCGACGCGGUGUUGACAUACGCGCGAGUCAAGAGAACGUCGCUCGUCACGGCCCCGAAACUUAGCCUCAGAUGAGGUGAGGAGAAGGUUAUUUAAAGCUAUGCUUUUAGUACAGACCAAAGACAAAAGAAUUAUCUGAAACAUUUAUAGUCAAAAUAAAAUUUUCACUUUGAAGACAAA